CAUCUAUUGGUUCACUCACUCGAAAACGCGUCGAGAAUCGUAUCUUUUAACGUCGCUACGUUCUUACUCCGAUUCUGUAUCGUCCCCAGGCACCCAUUAAGCCUCUUCAAUCGAUCUUCUUCAAAAUGCUUCGUCUUUGCAAUUGAUUGAUACUUAAUUUCAUUGAUCCCCAAAUUCUGUUUUCCAGAUUCAGUUGCGGAAAAAAUGGAUGCUUUGAUUUGAUUUCUCUUGGGAAUGGCAUGGCAUUCUCUAUCACCUUCCUCAAAUCCUCCGCUCUCUUUCUCACCAUUCUCUCCGUUUUCAUCUUCUUCAUCCUCUUCACUCCCAAUCCCUCGCCGGAAUCCCCCUCCAGAAGGUCCCUUACCGCCACCGGCGAUUCCAAUUCCAGUUUCUCUCCGACCCCAUCUUGUUCCUCUGUUGAAUCUCACUCUGAUGGCCUUAUUAACUACUUAUAUUUCCAUUUUUGCUUCUUCGAUGAAAACCCAUCUCUCUCUGUCCCUUUUCUCACUCUCUUUCUUCUCCUCCAUUUCUAUAUCCUCAUCAAAACCGCUCAAGAUCACUUCUCCAUUGUCACUUCCAAGCUCGCCUUUCACCUUAACUUGUCUCCCAGUAUGGCGGCUGUGACGCUCUUGGCUUUGGGUAAUGGCGCUCCUGAUGUAUUUGCAUCUGUUGCUGCGGUUCGUGGUGGCCAGUAUCGAACUGGUUUCGGUGCAAUUCUCUCUGCCGGCACAUUUGUUUCGGCUUUUGUUGUUGGGUUUGUGGCUAUUUAUGCUGCUCCGUUCUCGGUGAAUCCGGCUCAGUUUGUGAGGGACGUGUUGUUCUAUUUGACUGCAGCAUUGUUCUUGUUCUAUGUGUAUCUUAGUGCAGAGAUUUUCUUGUGGCAAGCUGUUGGGUUUGUUGGGUUUUAUUUGUUCUUUGUUGGAUUCGUGUUUUGGAUGGAUUUGAGAAUGGGAAGUGGGAAGGCUAAGAGUGGGGGUGAUUUGGGAGUGACUAAAGAAGCUGAUGUCUACCAUGGUGAGUUGCCUAAAGACUGUGAGAUUGGAGAAGGCUACAGAAAUGUAGAUGAAGGAAAAACCAAUUCUGGAUUUUGGGAAGCUCUUCGAAUAAUCCGAAAAGCAUGGGAAGCUCCUGUUUCGUUUCUUCUGAAGCUCACCAUUCCCCAACCUGCACCUUCCGAAUGGAGCAGACUCUAUGCAUCGGCAAACAUUUCUCUCUGUCCUGUUGCGCUUCUAUAUGCCUGUAACUCAUUCAUGUCAUUUAAUCAUCCCAUUGCUUUCCUCUUACCAAAUACGCAUUUACCACUUUGGUUCGUAGUACUCCUAGCAAGCUCCUCUCUUGCAAUUCUACACUUUGUCAUGGAAACUGAGCCCCCAAAAACUGAGCAAGUUCCUAUUGUGCUUGCAGCAUUUGUCAUGAGUGUAUUUUGGAUUUCGACCAUUGCUGGGGAGCUGCUGAACUGUCUUGCAGUUCUUGGAGUGCUUCUUAAACUCCCACCAGCUCUACUUGGUCUUACGGUGCUUGCUUGGGGAAACUCAGUUGGGGAUCUUGUGGCUGAUGUUGCUCUUGCAAAAGCAGGCCAACCUUUGCUUGCUAUGGCUGGAUGCUUUGCGGGGCCAAUGUUUAACAUGCUUGUGGGGCUUGGAACAGCUUUAGUUAUACAAACAGCUAACAGUUAUCCGGACGCCUACCAGCUUCAAUUUCAUAUCGGAAUCGUGAUUGCGUUCGUGUUCCUACUUUUCAGCCUGAUGGGUUCCCUACUUGUAAUUAUUUGGUGCAGAUUUCGAGUGCCUCGGUUUUGGGGAUUCUGCCUUGUACUGCUGUACAUUGUCUUCAUGGCUGCCAGUUUACUGAUGGCCAAGUUUUCUCCAUGAUUAAACAUCCUUCUAAAUUCUAAUCUGUAAGUGUAAGACCAAGAAACUCCAUUUAUGCCAAUGAAGCAGCAUUCGGACAACAACCGAGAAUAGUAGUCGCUAGUCAGCAGUUUAACUGGGCAGUCUAGACAUAAAACAAAUCCCAUUUCCCCUCUCUGUCAACAACCUGAAGACACUUUUAAGUAAGCAAAUAUAAACAUUUCAAUAUUUGUCAAGUAAUGUACCCAUAGCAACAUGUAGGUCAUCUUACUCGAGUGCAGUGGUUCGUUCAUACUAAAUCACUGUGAUGUUUCUUAUAGGUUGGCAUGGUUGUUGGCUUGGAAUCAUGGAGGGAAGCCCUUUCACUAACACAAAAUUAUAAGUUAGAAGUAACAAUGGAAGCUUCAUUACGGAGUUGGGUUUGUGUUGAAAAUUUCAGGAAGUUGAACUCACAGCUGAUGAAGAUAUUGUUCACAUCUUUCUUAGUGAGAUGCAGAGAAGAUAUGGUGAAGCUCAUUUGAUAAAAUUCUUUAUUUAUUUA